GCUGAGUCCUCCGUGAUUGGGUGAAAGUCGAUAAGUGAGGCCCUGAUUGGCCAGAAUCGGUUCAAACAGGAAGCGAAAGUACAGCACGAGCCAGUGACCGUCAACAGACCUGAUUUGGUUGACUCCAUGGAGCCUCCUCUGUUCCCUCGAGAAUCGGGCCAGUUUGUAGCAGAGCGGAGUCAGGAUGUGUUUGUGGAGGAGGAAGGAGUGCAGAAGGUGGCCGAGUUGCUCUGCGCUCUGUUGGGUAGUGAUGAGCUGUGUGCCAGUGGCUGGAAGAAGGCCAACCCACUGGCCCCUGCACCCACCUCUGACCAGGCCUUCAACUGGGUGUUCGUGGUGGACACUAUGAACUUCUCCUUCUGGCCUGAUGAGGAGACACGGCAGUGCGAGGUGACCUUCCGAGGGGUCACGCACACGGGCUACAUGACCUUGUGCGCUGCCAUCACCAGAGCCAUCGAGGAAGGGGUGCCCAUAACAGACCCAAAGUUCUUCUCCCAGAUGACCGUGGAUGAGCUGGCGCACAUCCUUCGGUCUGACAACGAAACGUCCAUGCCCAUGAUUCAGGAGCGCCAUCAGGUUCUGACUGAAGGCGGCCGCGUGCUGUUGCAACACGGCGGAAGCUUCCGGAGUUUCAUCAGCCGGGCGGGGAACGACGCUCGCAAGAUGGUGGAGCUCGUCGUGGAGAAGAUUCCCUCCUACCGAGACGAAGCGGUUUACCAGGGGAAGCGGAUCUCGUUGUACAAGAGGGCUCAGAUCCUGGUGGCAGAUUACUGGGCCGUCGCGGCGGCCAGAGGCGACGCCGACUUCGUCAACAUAGACUGGCUCACCAUGUUCGCCGACUACCGGGUCCCGCAGGCCCUCGUCUACCUGGGCGCGCUGCGAUACUCGGACGCUCUGACGCGCACGCUCAAAAGCGGCGAGCUGUUGCCUCCGGGUGACCGCAGGGAGGUGGAGAUCCGGGCGUGUUCCAUCUGGGCGGUGGAGCGCAUCAAGUCCCGUCUUGCCGAGCUGGCGCGGCAGCGGGGCAGCGGCGGCUGCGGCGUCAACUCUGCGCUCAUCGACUUCUACCUGUGGCCGUACGCCAAGAAGCACCACCGAGAGAUGGCCCACAUUCCCGUACACCACACGCGAUGUGUUUACUACUGACAAGCUGCAUGUCGCCUGUGUCCCAGACUGAGCCAAGUGCCUGUAUGUACGUUAUUUUAAUAAUCAUUUUCCUACGAGUCAUAGAGUAGAUGCAAAAAGUCUACACACCCCUGUUCAAAUGCCAGGUCUUUAUAAUAUAAAAAUAUAAGACCCAGAUAAAUCAUUUCAAAACA